AAAAGUUGCUCCAACUACUGGCCUUUUCAUCUGCUUAAAAGGUCCUCUGCAACUCCAAGAACAAUCCAUUUAUUCAAGUAUUUUUAUGUUUUUAUCCAAUUCUUUUGGAGAUAUUGUUCCUUAAUCUCAAGCUUCAUUGCAAUGGCUACACGUUUGAUGACUCCUCCUUCAUCUUCUUCAACCAACUUCUCUCCCUCCUCGUCUUUCAACAAUGAGGCAAAACUCUUCACUAGAUUUAUUUCCAGGUCAAGAAAAUCUUGUCUCUCCACAUGGGUAUCUCAGAUUCAUUCAAAAAUGAAUGCCAAAAAGCAUUUCCGCCUCAAAUCCUCCAAUGGGCAUCCUCUAAAUGCUGUCUCUUUGCAUUAUGGUUUAGAUGGAAAGCCUAUAGCUAAAGAAAAUAUUGAAUCUCCUGGGAAAGAGAGGCAAUCCAUUCUCAUAUCAGAAGCCGAGAAAGGAGAGUCUACUCUCAGCAUUACUGUUGUUGGGGCUUCAGGGGACCUUGCUAAAAAGAAGAUUUUUCCUGCACUUUUUGCUCUUUUCUAUGAAGAUUGUCUACCUGAGAAUUUUACAGUUUUUGGUUAUGCUCGAACUAAGUUAACUGAUGAGGAGCUAAGGAACAUGAUUAGUAAGACGUUGACUUGCAGAAUUGACAAGAGGGAAAAUUGUGAAGACAAAAUGGAUCAGUUCUUGAAACGGUGCUUUUAUCAGGCGGGUCAGUACAACUCUGAGGAACAUUUUUCAGAAUUGGACAAAAAGUUGAAAGAGAAAGAGGAUGGAAAAUUGUCAAAUAGGCUGUUUUACUUAUCAGUCCCUCCAAACAUAUUUGUGGAUGUGGUAAGAUGUGCUAGUUGCAGUGCUGCUUCUGCAAAUGGGUGGACAAGGGUGAUCGUUGAGAAGCCAUUUGGUCGUGACUCUGAAUCAUCCGGUGAGCUAACCAGAUGUUUGAAGCAGUAUCUGAAUGAAGAUCAAAUAUUCAGGAUUGAUCAUUACUUGGGCAAGGAGCUGGUUGAGAAUCUAUCAGUACUUCGUUUCUCGAAUCUUGUUUUUGAGCCAUUAUGGUCAAGGAACUACAUUCGCAAUGUGCAACUGAUAUUUUCUGAAGAUUUUGGCACAGAGGGACGUGGAGGAUACUUUGACAACUAUGGAAUCAUAAGAGACAUAAUGCAAAACCAUCUGUUACAAAUACUAGCAUUAUUUGCAAUGGAGACCCCAGUUAGCUUAGAUGCUGAGGAUAUUAGGAAUGAAAAGGUGAAGGUUCUGAGAUCGAUGAAACCACUGCAACUUGAAGAUGUAAUUGUGGGCCAGUAUAAGGGCCACAGCAAGGGUGGUAGAUCAUAUCCCGCUUAUACAGAUGAUCCAAUGGUGCCAAAUGAUAGUCUUACACCAACAUUUGCAGCAGCAGCUCUUUUCAUUAACAAUGCCAGAUGGGAUGGAAUUCCUUUUCUUAUGAAAGCAGGCAAAGCUCUUCAUACUAAACGAGCAGAGAUCAGAGUGCAGUUCAGACAUGUUCCAGGUAACUUGUACAAGCGGAAUUUUGGAACUGAUUUAGAUAAGGCUACAAAUGAGCUCGUACUUCGUGUACAGCCAGAUGAAGCGAUUUAUCUGAAGAUCAAUAACAAAGUUCCUGGACUUGGAAUGAGAUUAGAUCGCAGCGACCUAAAUUUGCUAUACCGAGCAAGGUAUCGGAAAGAAAUACCAGAUGCAUAUGAGAGGCUUCUUUUAGAUGCAAUAGAAGGAGAGCGAAGGUUAUUUAUCAGAAGCGAUGAGCUUGAUGCUGCUUGGGCACUAUUCACACCAUUGUUAAAGGAACUCGAAGAAAAGAAGAUCGUUCCGGAGCUUUACCCCUAUGGUAGCAGAGGACCAGUUGGAGCACAUUAUCUUGCUGCAAAACACAAUGUUAGAUGGGGAGAUCUUGGCAAUGAAAUGUAUGAAUAGGGAAGAAGGGUUCAUAGGAAUUGUUGUGUAGGUGGUGGAGAGAAUUUUAAAGAAGUGAAUAGUGUACAAGUUAAGAUUAAAAAUGGUCAUCAUUGUACAGUAUUGAAUGAUACAGUGGAAGUUUGAAAUAUCUAAUCGUUAAAUUAA